CACAAACGUUGCCUUAGCAACGAGCUAGGGCACGUCCGGCGUUAUGGUUAUGGACCAGUUUAAUUAAUUAAAGAAGACGCAACUAAACAUACACAAUGGAAACAACAAGCAAUUCUUCCGUGUUUCUUCUUACGGUGAACGGACAAAUUGAGGGAGCGAACUUUCCAGAUUAUGACAAUUUAUACUGUAAAUAUUGUUACGUCUACGGCCAUGACUGGGCUCCCACCACAGGUUUGGAGGAAGGCAUCACUCAGAUCACCUGUAAAAGCUCUCUGUCUCAAAAGUUGAUAUGGAACUUCCCUUUGGAGACAACAUUCAAGAGUACAAAUCCUUCCGGAUGGCCUCAGCUUGUGGUGAGCGUGUACGGACCGGACGUUUUCGGCAACGAUGUGGUCAGGGGUUAUGGAGCAACGCACAUUCCAUUCACACCUGGACAACACAUAAGAACCAUCCCGAUGUUUGUUCCCGAGCCCACAUGGAGACUUCAGAAGUUCACAGGCUGGUUGCUUGGACGACGACCCGAGUACACCGACCCCAAAGUGGUGGCACAUGGGGAAGGCCGAGAAGUGACGAGGGUUCGGUCUCAGGGCUUCGUCACCGUCUCCUUCCACAUAAUGACCAAAGACAUGAAGAGGAUGGGCUACGACACGGGACCGACGAACUCGUCAACCGUCCAGUCCGCCACUUCUAGUCUGUCAAGAGAUGCACAAUAAUACGUAAAGCAACAUGAAAGCUAACUUGGAGUCCCUACAUAUCAGUUGUCAUUGUGACUGAACUCCAGCCCAGAUUGGACUCCAAACACCGGAAACUCAGUUAGUCUGGUUUUGAGACUCCAGCUCUGAUUGCUUCUUAAAGUUGCUUACAGAGUGAUGUCUGUGGAGUGGAGGGGCUUGGUAAAAGCCUCAGACUCCGCUGGUGUUACAUUCCACGCCGCAGGAGACUGUGAUGUUAAGGGAGAGGUCCGUUGCCAUGUUGGGUCUACACAAAAUGUUAAUGUUGGUUAUAAAAUGUCAAAGCCCCAUGCUGAACGUUUGUGUGGAAAGGCCUGAGAUAAAUUUGAAAACUGAAAAUGUCAUGUCCAGUUACAUUUACACAAUUUUCAAAUUUUAAAAAAAGUGUUUAAUACUUCCAGAUUUUUUAUACUGGCUCCUUAAUUUAAAGCUGUAAAUUUGUUCAUUGAAUCCAUCUUUUAGUGAGCAUUCUCUGCCUACUUUCAGUUGUCAGAUUUAAAACGCUGGCUGAUGAAUUUGAGUAAUGAGGUCUGUUAUUUACCAAUAGCUCCUUUGUCAUAGAGCAGCGUGUGUUUAAUUAGAUUUGGCUUAACAUUGGACACAUUUCCUAGAAUGUGCAACUACGCAAUGGUUUGAAAUAGCCAUGGCGUAAAAGCAUCUUCUGGUAUCAUGCAAGUUAAAUAAAUGUCUAACUUCCCUUAGGUCUGACUUAGGUCUUGCAUUUAACAUCUAAAAUGUCCUAAACUGAUGUUAAAACAUUUUACAUUUAACAAAAACAUUUUAUUAAAAGGAUUGGGAGCAUUUUUUGCACCUUUCUUUGUCAAUAGGACAAUACUUUAUCUUUUGCUAGAACUUUAUCAUCUUGCCGGAGAGCCCGGCAGCAACCCCACACCAAGGUUUCUGGCAGUGGCCGCCAGAUUUUUAUGAAAAAUAUCCAGUGGUUUCAGACAGUUCACGAUGCAGCGAACCAGCCCACAGUGUCACAAAUCAGCACGCUCGAUCAAUGGGCUUUUCUACAAAGCCAUUCUUUGUUUCUUUUAUUUCUCAAGGUUAUCCUUUUGUGAAUUUAUUGUCAAGCUUUGCAUCAGAGGUGCCAACAGUUAUUGCAUUCACACUCACUUUACACUCUUACAGCUGACUGGUGUAAAACCAAGCAACACAGUCCAUAAACAUAAUCAACUUGAUGUUGGGUCGUUCUAGAUAUCUUCUGUAUUGUAUAGUUGCCUCCUUUUUUAAGCAUUUUCAAAAUAAAUUUGAAUCCAACCA